CGUACAGCCUGUCACAGCUGCAGGGUUUUUUCACCCUGCUCCGCAAAGUUAUCCUCUCUGUGAAGGGACAGUUUUGCUCUGUUGUCGUUGCUGAAGAAGAUGCCUGUAGUUAGAAACUGUGUGUGUGAAGAAAUAAGUUGCCAAUGCAGCAGUCGGUUCUAAGGAAACUUUUAAUUUUGUGCUUCAAGAAACCUGAUUACUUCUUGGAUUGCUUUUCUACCUUGGUUUAGAAGAUAACUUGAGGAAAAUGGAAACAGAUGAGGCUCAAGAUAUGUCCCAGGUUUCAGGAAAGGAAAGCCCUCCAACUAGUGAUGUCCCUGAUGAUCCAGAUGAACCUAUGCCUAUACCAGAGGACCUUUCAACUAGUACUGGAGGUCAGCAAAGUUCUAAGAAUGACAGAAUCUUGGCUGCCUAUUUCUCUGUCCUUCGAAAGCCACCUUCUACGUCCAGUUUCCCAGGAGCUGCAUACGAGGCGGAAGGCUUUAGGGACUUUCAUGCAAUAAUUCCCAAAUCCUUUUCCACUGGUAAUAUUAAAAUAGAGACUCAGAGUGAUGAAGAGAAUGGGCGUGCCUGUGAAAUGAAUGGGGAAGAAUGUGCAGAGGAUUUACGAAUGCUUGAUGCCGCAGGAGAGAAAAUGAAUGGCUCACACAAUGGCCCAGGCAGCAAGGCUUUGUCAGGAGUUGGAGGCAUUCGACUUCCUAACGGAAAGCUAAAAUGUGAUAUCUGUGGGAUAAUUUGCAUCGGUCCCAAUGUGCUCAUGGUUCACAAACGAAGCCACACUGGAGAACGCCCUUUCCAGUGCAAUCAGUGUGGAGCCUCCUUCACCCAGAAGGGCAACCUCCUGCGCCACAUAAAGCUGCAUUCAGGUGAAAAGCCCUUCAAGUGUCACCUGUGCAACUACGCUUGCCGCCGCAGGGAUGCCCUCACGGGACACCUGAGGACUCACUCAGUUGGCAAACCCCAUAAGUGUGGAUACUGUGGUCGCAGUUACAAGCAGCGCAGCUCUUUGGAAGAACAUAAAGAACGCUGCCAUAACUACCUUCAAACCAUGAAUCUCUCAAGCAGCAUCUAUCCAGUCAUAAAAGACGAAAGUAACCAGAGUGAAAUGGCUGAAGACCUGUGCAAGAUAGGGUCAGAAAGAGCCCUCGUGCUGGAUAGACUAGCAAGUAACGUCGCCAAACGUAAGAGCUCUAUGCCUCAGAAAUUUGUUGGUGACAAAUGUUUGCCCGAUCUUCCAUACGAUGCCAGCCUCAACUACGAGAAGGAGAACGAACUCAUGCAGACGCACGUGAUCGACCAGGCCAUCAACAACGCCAUCAGUUACCUGGGGGCAGAGUCCCUGCGUCCCCUCAUCCAGACACCGCCAGGUGGCUCUGAGGGGGUGCCCGUCAUCAGCCCCAUGUAUCAGCUCCACAAACCUCUCGGGGACAAUCAGAUUCGCUCCAACCUCCCUCAGGACAGUGCAGUGGAAAACUUGUUGCUGCUUUCCAAAGCCAAGUCUGUCUCCUCUGAACGAGAUGUCUCUCCCAGCAACAGCUGCCAAGACUCAACAGAUACAGAGAGCAAUAAUGAGGAGCGCAGUGGUUUGAUCUACCUGACAAACCACAUAGGUGCCCAUGCAAGAAAUGGCAUCUCUAUAAAAGAAGAAAACAGGCAAUACGAUGUCUUGAGAGCGGGUACUGACAAUUCCCAGGAUGCUUUCAAAGUGAUCAGCAGCAAUGGGGAGCAAGUAAGGGUUUACAAGUGUGAACACUGUCGAGUCCUUUUCUUGGAUCAUGUGAUGUAUACGAUCCAUAUGGGCUGCCACGGGUUCCGCGAUCCUUUUGAAUGCAACAUGUGUGGCUACCACAGCCAGGACAGGUACGAAUUCUCUUCUCACAUAACUCGAGGGGAGCACCGUUUCCACAUGGGUUAAAACA